AUGACCGUGCAGCGCCCGUCGUGGCCGCCGCUGUACUUCCCGCACUUCCACGGCACCGAGCCGGUGCCGCGGCCGGCGGGCGGCGCCUGGGCCCCGCUGGCCGCCCUGUGCUGGCCGUGGCAGCCGCUGCCGGCCGCGGCCGGGCCGCCCCGCUACGCCGCGCUGCCCGCGCCCGUGGUGCCGGAGCCGCCGCGCCUCUGCUGCCCGCCCGCAGCGCCGCGGGCCGGGGAGGCGGCGCGGCGGCCCCCGGAGCUGGCGCAGCUGCAGCUGCAGGAGGAGAUGUGCGAGCUGGGCAUCCGCCUCAAGGAGCUGGAGCUGGCGGCGCUCAUCGGCGACGGCUUCGAUGCCAGGCAGUAUAAAAUCCUGAAGGCACUGGAAGAAAAGAAGAUACAAAGCAUGAAAGCAAUGCAGAACAUGAAGUAAUGUCCACCAACACACUGUGGAUUAUUUCAGCUGGAUAUUUUGCCACUAUGACUGUGGAUUGUU